UUUUCUGUCAAGUUGGGGAUAAAGUUGGGUUUGUAAUCGUUCUUCGGGAUGAACAUUUUACCCAAGAAAAGAUGGCAUGUGAGAACCAAAGACAAUAUAGCUAGAGUUCGACGCGAUGAAGCCAAAGCCGCCGAAGAAGAAAAGGAAAAACAAAGACGUGCUUUACUUGCUGAGCAAGAAACUAGAACCACCAUUCUGAGGACUCGGGCAAGAGAAAGACAAGGUCUCACCUCAGUAGAAGAGUCAACGAAAAAGGAAGUCCCAUGUACCACUGAGACUCGCUACGAGAUUGUGAUCAGGAAUGGAGCAUGUGUGUCUGUUCCUAUAACUGAAGAGAAGAAUCUUGUCCAAUUCACCCCAUCUGGUCAUGUAAACUUCUUUGCCAACUUGGAAGAGGGCAAACAGGUUGAAGGAGUAGCGAAUAAAGAACAUGAACUUGAAAAGAAGAAGGAACAAGAAGACUAUGAAAAACAGAUUGGUUUACUCACCUACUUGGGACAAGGAUCAAGGGAGUCGACUGGUGAAUCUGCUUGGUAUGAGAAACCUUCUCUGUUAAAGACCCUGAAAAAUCAGACCCAAGAGGACAUCAACUAUAAAGCAGAAAGAGCUAAAGACAUGUUUGAUCCCCUUCGAGUGAUCCGGCAUUAUAUAGGAAAACCGGAAAUUCCUAAGAAAGAUCAAACAAAAAAAAAGUCUGAGCUUCCUGACCUCCGAUUUCCCGCUGCUAAACCAGAAGCAAUUUCAUCUUCAAGAGAAAAACGGCACAAGAAAAAGAAGAGGAAAUCAGAAAAAGAAGAGAAGAAAUCUAAGAAACACAAAAAGGAUAAACGUCGUUCAACUGACGAUUCUCAAGCAAGCAAGAAAAAAAGAAGAAAAACAAGUAAUUCAAGUUCAGAGGAUUCUACUUCAGAAUCCUCAAAUUUAUCCGAAGACUCUGAUGCGGAAAAGGAAAAGCGAUUGGCAAUUUUACGUGCCAAGAGACUUCAGCGUGAAAAGGCUGAACGUGCCAAAGCCAACAAACUUUUAGCCACCGUCAACGGCACCAUUGCUGCAACAUCAAAGGAAAAGCAAUUGAGCCGAUCAAGCACUGACGACAGCGAUUCUGAUGAAAGGAAAGUUAAGGCUAAGCCGAAACAAAAGUAUCAUUCUCAAUAUAAUCCUGAUGUUGCUAAACAAAAUCAACCACUUGAUUCUGCAACCAAGUAUUGGCUGCAGUAAUAAUUUUGUCCCAUAAAAUUAUUGAAAUAUACAAGACUUUUUUCAUGA